AUGAACGGAAUUGAGAAUGAUAUGUCUUAUAAUCCACGUGUAAUUCAUGCACAUACAAAUGAAUUAGCUGCUAUGGCACUUAAUCAUGCAGCUACUUUAUUAGCAACUGCAUCUAAACGAGGAACAUUAAUACGUGUAUUUUCAACAACAGGUUUAUGUGAAAAAUUAUUUGAAUUUCGACGUGGAUCUGAUACAGCUGAUAUUCAUUGUAUAACAUUCAGUUUUGAUUCAAGUUUUUUAUGUGUGUCAAGUGAUAAAGGUACUGUUCAUCUAUAUGGUAUACGUGAUCCAAAAUUAAAUCGUAUGGUUGCCAUACCUCAUGCACUUAAUGAAGCAUUCGGUGAUUUAUGUAAUUUUAAAGUAGCUAUUGAAUGGCCAUGUAUAUGUGCAUUUUCUGGUCCAAGUCAUGUUGUUGCUGCAAGUUUUGAUGGUACAUUUCAUAAACAUAUAUUUACAACAGAUGGAAAAUGUAAUCGUGAAGAAUUUGAACUUUAUUUAGAUGGUAUGGAUGGAUGUGAUUUUUAA